CAGAAAAUCACCUCAGUCAGUUAAUGGAAGCUGUUGUACGGUUAGAUGGAACUGAAAAAUGUAUAUAUCUAUAGGUUUAUGGUGAGAUAACUUAAUCCCAUAAUGUACUUGACAUUGUCCUUACUCCUUAGGAUAAUGUCACCACUGGAUGGAAAGCAUCGCUCGAUGUUUGCAGUGGAGAUGGCAAUCCUGUUCUUUGGGAUAUUCCUCAAGAACAGCAUAUGUGAGAGCUCAGACACAAAUCAGAUGUCCAGACAAAAACAUUUUCUGUUUGUCAGCUUCAAAACGCCAGACAGUACAUUUUAUUUUCCAUCAGAGGUUGUCUAUCGCGAUGACAAUGGAAUUAAACUCUGUUUCUAUGUCCAUGGAAACGACAGACAUGCAGACUGCUGUAACACUGGAGAUUUCAACUGCAGCUUUAACAUAAGUGGUAAUGACUAUAGCCUAGCUCUGACUAAUGAGACUCUAUCCAAGCAAGAUAUCGUACUGAUGACUUCAGGAGAGCAACGUUUCAAUUGCAUGCCAUCACAGUUCUACAGCAAGACUUCAGGUUUCCUUUUGAACAUUCACAACUGCUUGGAUACAGGUAAGGUAAAGAAUAUUCGAUUGUGCCAAAACAGCAUCUGUGUGGCAACAUGUGAUACAGAGGCGUGCAGAGGUUUAGCAGAAACAGACUUGACCGUAGCAGCACAUGAAAUGAGAACGUCAUGUGAGCCACCAGAAAAAGGUUCUACUCUUCAACCUCCUGUGAAUAAAACAAAUAGCACUAUUAGCAGCCUAGAAAACGCAGUAAAUAUCAUGAAAAACCUCUCCUCCUACCUGGAACAGACGGGCAACUCCACUGCAUAUAUUAAAAUAGGCAAUAUUAAAGGAGUGGUCACUAAACUUCCCCCCAGAAAUCAAGAAAACAUCAACAUUGGCAUCACAACAAGUGAUGGUGUCAAAAUUAUAGAGGAAAACAAUGAUUUGACAACGGGCUACUCUCGAUUGGUGCAAAUCCCAAAAGAGGUCGUUGUCAUGGCAGAAGAAAGAAAUGGUUCAUUUGUUGGAGUUGUAUUUUUUCCAGGAAUAUAUCAGCAGAAUGACUCCAACAGUUAUUUUCUCAACAAUGAGGCAGUGGGAAUUGAUAUGGGAACAGAAAUAUCCAACCUCUCACAUACCAUAGACAUUCAGUUCAAUAAUGUGGACAAGAAAGGAAAUAUUGCUUCAUGUAGGUCGUGGGAUGGCAAAGGAAAAGAAGCGAUUUGGAUCACAGAUGGCUGUAGGACCUAUGAGACCAAUGGCAGCAUCACGUGCCAGUGCUCUCAUCUAACAUUUUUUGCAAUACUGUUGUCACCCUCACCAGGAAACAUCAGCUCUUCAGACUUGAAUUCUCUGACCUACAUCACAUCCAUCGGCUGUGGCCUGUCUAUGUUUUUCUUAGCAGUGGCUCUCUGUAUGCAUUGUCUAAUCAGAAAAGGGAAAGCAAGCCAAGCAACUAAGAUCCUGAUCAACCUCUUUGUUGCCAUGUUCACCCUGAACUUGUCCUUCCUGACCAAUGAGAGCAUUGCCAACCUAGGGAACUUUGGCGCAUGUGUGACCAUUGCAGCAGUUAUGCACUACACUUUGUUGGCCACUUUUACCUGGUUUUUCAUGGAGGCUCUACACUUGUGCUUUAAUCUGUGGCAGCACCCAUCUGAAAUCAAACAUUACAUGAUGAAGAUUUGCGUUGCAGGAUGGGUCACACCAGCUGUAGUGGUGAUUGCUCUUCUUGCCUCAGGAAAAUAUGAUUACCUGGUCAUAAAUACCAGUGAUGGGAACGCAGCAAAAAUGUGCUGGAUCUCUGAUGCUGUUGUCCAUCAGGUGGUGAAUAUCGGUUAUUAUGCUAUAGUGUUCAUCUUCACCUUUAGCAUAUUCAUCAUAACUGUGCGGCAGAUUGUUCUUUUCAAACCCACAACAGGGAAAGGCCAGGACAUCAGCUCCAUCAAGAGAAACUCUUACUCCAUUAUAGGCCUGUUCUUCCUGCUUGGCAUCACCUGGGCCUUUGCUUUCUUCAGCUACGGGCCUUUGCGUGUAGCAUCCUACUAUAUCUUCACCAUCCUCAACUCCUUUCAAGGUUUCUUCCUGUUCAUCUACUAUUACCAUUCCAGCAAGACUGUUGGAGAGGACAGACGCCUCACAGUCAGUGGAAGCAGCACAACUACAUCAAAGACAGUUGUAACAAACCCCUAUCAAUUAUCAUAUCAAUAAUAUCAAGUGUUUGUGCAGCACGUUUCAUAUGGGGACAGAAAGUGAUUUGUGCCUGAAAUUAUUUUGACACAAGAGGGCAGCAUUUCAUUUAAUUUAGUAAAGUAGAUCCUCUGUUGAAUGAGGUGCUGAUAAAUUGGAAUUUAUAAAAAGUUUCUCAUUCCCCCCCAAAUGUCUUGUGUUCCUGACUACCCUCUCCUUAAAUGGCUAAUCUGGAUUACCUUCAUUGAGAAAUUACUCAUAUGAGUCGAGCACUGACAGAGGAGAUGGAGUAAUCUCCUGGAAGUUAAUUGUGCCGCUGACUGUUUCAACAGGAGCCCUGUCUCACCUAGAGUAAAACUUUCAGAGAAGGUUGUGAUUCACACAGAAUAUAUCACAGAGCUCCUAAAUCAAAGUUUCAGCCAUGUGCUGGAAUGCCAGAGUGUUGAUGUUUAGCAAGAAAAAUAUUACCCUUUUGACUGAUGUGGGUCUGAUACAUAUUGAAGAUGGCAAAACGCAGAGAAAAAAAAGGUGAAGGGAAGUCUUGUCCCUCACAUACUUUACAGCGUUGGGGGCCGAGCAAGCCAGCUAGCACUUUGCGUGCCUGCAGAUAAUUAUCUUGAGCCUCCAGAGCAGGAUCCACUGUGUGGGGAGCCUUAACUGGCUGACAAGAAAUGAGCUCAUGACUACCAGUGAUAAGAGGCCUGAGGGCAUGUUAUGUUGAAACUAUUUUCUGAAAUGCUUUUUUAUUCACUAAUAAUUAUGCUAUGCUAUUAUGCUAAUUAUAUUAAUAAGUUAAGUGUGUCUUGGCAAACUGCUUAAUCUUAAAGAUAUUUCUUGAAUUGUCAUCCAUUAAUUUGUUUAUUUUUUCUCUAUACCUGAUAUGAUUAAGAUCUAUGUAUGUAUUCAAUACUAUUUUAAGUAAAACAAGACAAAUAUAACAGAUAGAUAGAUAGAAUAUAUAGUUAUAUAAUUUUUGGACAUGUACAUUAGUUUAUAUGUAUAUUUACUAGCCUUAAAUUCUCAUCUUUUAUUUACUUAUUUGUCAUCACAGUAGCAUGUCAAAGUUUAUUUUGAUGAAAUGUGGUAGAAUAGGACACAAAAUGCAGACCUUCAGACAAAUGUAUAACUGCUUUUGUGAAUGAAAUGCAGAAAUAGAGUCAAAUAAAAUGUGUGGUAUCUUAAA